AUGCAACUCCGAUUCUGCACAGCAACAGGGGAAGACGUCCUCCAACUCAAAACCCUAAUCGAAUCCGCCUUUCGCGCCCAAGACACCCGCCCAGGCUGGAUAGACAACCUAGGUCUAUCAAAUAUAUUCACCAUCUCGGCGGAAGAAAUAAACACUGUCCUCAGCAAGCCCGACAGCGAGAUGCUGCUUGUAUUCACAACAGAGAAUACUACUACCAACAUCAACACCAACACCAUCAACGAAGAAAUCCUAGUUGGAACAAUCGGCGUCUCAAAACGCGCAGGAAACGUCGGCCGCCUUUCCCUGCUAGCUGUGAGCCCGACAUACGCCGGCGGUGGCCUCGGGCGCCAGGUCCUGGAGUAUGGGGAGGAGUAUUGUAUUCGUGUUUGGGGUGUUGAAAAGCUUAGUUUGAAUACACUUUCGGUUCGUCUGCAGCUUAGGGCUUGGUAUGCCAGACGUGGGUAUGUCGAGACUGGGGAGGUGGAGCCUUUCCCCGUCGAUAGGGUCCCUGGGUUGGAGUUGCCUGAUGGGCUUUGUCUUGUUGAGUUUGAGAAGGGGGUUUGA